AUGGCUAAUGCAUGGAUGUGUUUUUGCUUUCUCAUCUUCUUCUACAUCUCAUCAGCAAGAAACUUCACCAAAGUCAACGCAGAGAUGAAGACUUGGUGUGUGGCUAAACCUUCUUCGGAUCAAGCAACACUUUUAGAUAACAUAAAUUACGCGUGUUCUCAUGUCGAUUGUCGCGUUCUUUCGAAUGGAUGUCCAUGUUCGUCGCCCGGUAAUCUCAUAAACCAUGCUUCUGUAGCCAUGAAUCUUUAUUACCAAGCUAAUGGAAGAAACUAUUGGAACUGCAAUUUCAAGAACUCAGGACUCAUUGUCAUAACUAAUCCUAGCUAUGGAAACUGCUACUAUGAAUACACAUGA